GUUUUUUUUUACAUUACCAGGCAAUUCAUGCGAUGGCUGAACCUCUUGUUGAAUUGGAAAGUGUUGUUCUCCCUGGUGACGUAGUAUUGCGCCAAAACACGGAAAAGGUAUCCUGCAUUGGUCCGGGACUUGUUCUGCAAAACGAUGGCUCAGUCGUUUGUGAUAGAGCUGGCAUCUUCCGUCGUUUUGGAACCAUCACGUAUUACGUUGACUUUUUGCAAAAUGAGUAUGUUCCGUCGAAAGGAGAAUAUGUUCUCGGUGUGAUUCGGGGUAAAGCAGGAGAUGACUACUCCGUUGACAUCGGCGGAAGUUUUAAGGCAAACCUGUCGUACUUGGCAUUUGAGAGUGCAACGAAAAAGAAUCGACCAAACGUUGAGAUCGGGGAUGUUGUGUUCGGAAGACUUAUCAGUGCCUCUAGCGACUCUGAACCUGAAAUGGCGUGCAUUGACGCUGGUGGUAAAAAGAACUGCAUGGGCGUGUUACAAGGCGGCCACAUGUUUGCAACUGCAGUACAUACUAGUCGACGAUUGUUGCACUCAAAAUAUCCACUCCUGUCGUUAUUGGCGCAGAAGGGCAUCAAGUUUGAAGUUACAGUUGGAAUGAACGGCAGAGUGUGGAUAAAGGCGAGUUCUGCCCGCGAAGUACUUGCUGUGAAGCAGGCAAUCCUGGCUUCGGAAGAAUAUCCCGAUUACUUAAUUCAGGACAAUGUGGAAAACGCUGUUCAGUGGCUGUCCAAGAUGCCCUGUGUACCGCUCGAAGAUGAGGAAGUCACACCAGCGGAUGGCGAUGAGGAAAACCAGCAAUUUGAAGAAACAAAAGGAAGCGCUAUCGGUACCAGAGAUGAAGACAGCGAAGUUUCCAAGACCAAACAUCAUGGGAACCGGAACAACGGCAGUGGUCGACGAAAAUCGCGAAAAAAAUAG